UUUAUAAUUAGCCGCUUUCAUUUCGCGAACAAACUGAGUGGACGGCUGGACCGGAUAGAAGGAACGAGAAUCAAAGGGCAUAUCGGAAAGGAUCCUCUAAACACAUUGUUGGCCUGUCUAGAGGGACAUUGGGAAUGUUUUCAUUGUCAACAUCCGUCCAACCACAGGUCACUGUCCCCCUGAGUCACCUGAUCAAUGCCGUCCAAUACCUGAAGACUGCAGUGGGCAGCAGCAAUGCUGCUGCUAAACCUCAGCAUAGAGAGCAUGCCUUGGAACAGGACUUGCAGAGCACAGAGCCCACGUGGAACCUGAGGGACCUGGGCCUGUCUGACCUGGGCGUGGGGCAGCUGGACGAGCUAAUAAGCGCUAUGUUACCACGUCUGAGUCAACAGGGGGCGCUGUCCUCAUCCAGCCCCAGCCAACAGGCCUGGGGGACCUCUCACCUCUCCUCACAUUCCUUCUUCCACAACAAGCAUGGGUUCUCUGGUGGUAAAAUGGGCACCUCCUACCCUGUUUUCUGCAAACAGAUCCCUUCCCCUCUUCAGGCAGUUUGUACAGAGCUCCGCUAUUGGCCAGUGUGGAUCCAGAACAGAGGCUUUAAAACUCUAGGGAAACACAAGCGACUGCAGGCAGGCUUUGAGCGUCCCAUGGAAUCAGAUGGCUUUACACCCUCCUUUAUGAAGGGCCUCCUGACGCGUGAUAAGGGGAUGGAGGUGGAAACCUUGGACAAGCUUAUGAAGAACAAGAAUAUUCCUGAUGGGCAGCAAGAUUCUUUCAAGACCGGGUUUGCUGAGGGCUUCCUGAAAUCCCAAGCUCUGACACAGCGCACACAAGACUCUCUGAGGAGGACGAGGCUGGUCCUGCUGGUCCUGCUGCUCCUGGGACUCUACGGCCUCUCCAAGACGCCCUUCCUAUCGGUACGAUUCCGAACCACAUCAGGCCUGGACUCAGCGGUGGACCCUGUCCACAUGAAGAACGUGACCUUUGAGCACGUCAAAGGGGUGGAGGAGGCCAAGAACGAGCUGCAGGAGGUGGUGGAGUUCCUCCGGAGCCCAGAGAAGUUCACCGUCCUCGGAGGGAAACUGCCGAGAGGGAUCUUGCUGGUUGGCCCUCCUGGUACUGGGAAGACUCUGUUGGCCAGAGCUGUGGCUGGAGAAGCCAACGUACCAUUUUAUUAUGCCUCUGGCUCUGAGUUUGAUGAGAUGUUUGUGGGGGUUGGAGCCAGUCGCAUCAGGAACCUCUUCAAGGAAGCCAAAGCAAACACGCCGUGCGUGAUCUUCAUUGAUGAGUUGGACAGCGUCGGAGGGAAGAGGAUCGAGUCUCCCAUGCACCCCUACUCCAGGCAGACCAUCAACCAGCUACUGGCUGAGAUGGAUGGGUUCAAACCAAACGAAGGGGUCAUUAUCAUUGGAGCGACAAACUUCCCCGAGGCUUUGGAUAACGCUCUGAUUCGACCGGGACGUUUCGACAUGCAGGUCACCGUUCCCAAGCCAGAUGUGAAGGGGCGCACAGAGAUCCUCAACUGGUACCUUAGGAAGAUUAAAGUAGACCCUGAUGUGGAGGCUGGGAUCAUCGCCAGGGGAACAGUGGGCUUCUCCGGGGCCGACCUGGAGAACCUGGUCAACCAAGCGGCUCUGAAGGCGGCGGUGGACGGCAAAGACAUGGUGACCCUCAAAGAGCUGGAGUUCGCCAAGGACAAGAUCCUCAUGGGCCCAGAGAGGAGGAGUGUGGAGAUAGAUAAAAAGAACAAGGAGAUCACGGCGUACCACGAGUCUGGCCACGCUAUCGUGGCGUACUACACCAAGGAUGCCAUGCCCAUCAACAAGGCCACCAUCAUGCCCAGAGGACCUACGCUGGGUCAUGUGUCCAUGCUCCCAGAUGAUGACCGCUGGAGCGAGACGCGUGCUCAGCUGCUGGCCCAGAUGGACGUCAGCAUGGGAGGCCGCGUGGCAGAGGAGAUCAUAUUUGGCAAGGAGUUCAUCACUACUGGUGCAUCAAGUGACUUUGAUGCUGCCACCAGAAUUGCAAAAAUGAUGGUGACCAGAUUUGGUAUGUGUGAGAGGCUGGGUGUCAUGACCUACACUGACCAAACCAAGCGGAGCCCAGAGACACAGGCUGCCAUCGAACACGAAGUCAGGAAACUUUUAAAGGAUUCGUACGAGCGGGCCAGGGAUCUCCUCAAGUCUCACGCUAAAGAACACCAGAACCUAGCCAACGCCCUGUUGCAAUACGAGACGCUGGAUGCCAGAGAGAUCAAGAUGGUCCUGGAGGGCAAGGGCCUGGAGACAAGAUGAGACUUCCAAGGGUGGAGGUGUCACGGUUUAAUUUGGGAGAUCGGGUGAGGGGUGGGAAGACAAUAAAUCUCUGUCCACGGUGAUUUCACAGUCUACGCAAACAGAGCUACGGAGCUGUACGUGUGUAUGUACAGUGCCUUCAGGAAGUAUUCACAGCCUGAAUUUAAAACGGAUUAAAUUACGUUUUUGUGUCACUGGCCUACACACAAUACCCCAUAAUAUAUACAAGUGGAAUUAUGUUUACAAAUUUGUUAAAUAAAUGAAAAGCUGAAAUGUCUUGACUCAAUAAGUAAUCAACCCCUUUGUUAUGGCAAGCCUAAAUACGUUCAGGAGUAAACAUGUGCUUAAUAAAUUGCAUAGAUUCACUCUGUGCAAUAAUAGUGUUCAAUGUCAUUUUUGAAUGACUACCUCAUCUCUGUACCCCACACACCUACAAUUGUCUGUACGUUCCCUCAGUCAUGCAGUACAUUUUAUACACAGAUUCAACCACAAAGACCAGGGAGGUUUUCCAAUGCCUCUCAAAGAAGGGCACCUAAAAAAGCAAACAUUGAAUAUCCCUUUGAGCAUGGUGAAGUUAUUAAUUACACUUUGGAUCAAUAUACCAAGUCACUACAAAGAUACACGUUUCCUGCCCAACUCAGUUGCUGGAGAGGAAGGAAACCGCUCAGGGAUUUCACCAUGAGGCCAACGGUUACAGAGUUGAAUGGCUUUUUUAGAACUGAGGAUGAAUCAACAACAUUGUAGUUACUCAACAAUUCUAACCAAAAUGACAGUGUAAAAAGCAAGCCUGUAUAGAAUAAAAAAUAUUCCAAAACAUGCAUCCUUUUGGCAAACAAAGCACUCAAGUAAUACUGCAAAAAUGGGGCCAAGAAAUUAACUUUCUUUCCUGAAUACAAAGCAUUAUGUUUGUGGCACAGUACAUCAGAGUACCACUCUUCACAUUUCCAAGCAUGGUGGUGGCUACAUCAUGUUAUGGGUAUGCUUGUCAUCGGCAAGGACUAUGGAGUUUUUUUUUUUUAAGGAGAAUAAGAAACUGAAGUGAGCUAAGCACAGGCAAAAUCUUAGAGGAAAACCCAGUUCAGUCUGCUUUCCAAAAGACACUGGGAGACAAAUUCACAUUUCAGCAGGACAAUAACCUCAAACACAAGGCCAAAUAUUAGCUGGAGUUGCUUACCAAGACAACAUUGAAUGUUCCUGAGUGGCCUAGUUACAGUUUUAGCUUAAAUCUGCUUGAAAAGCUAUGGCAAGAAAAUGGCUGUCUAGUAAUGAUCAACAACCAACUUGAAAGAACUUGAAUAAUAAAAAAAUGUGCAAAUGUGCAAAUAUUGUACAAUCCAGGUGUGCAAAGCUGUUAGACUUACCCAGAAAGACUCGGCUGUAGUCGCUGCUAAAGGUGAUUCUAACAUGUAUUGAUGUGAAUACAUAUACAAAUUAGAUUUAAAAAAAAAAAAUUUUAACAUGUUUUCACUUUGUCAUUAUGGGGCUAUUGUUUGAAGAUGGAUGAGGAAAAAAUGAUAUUUAAUCCAUUUUGAAUUCAGACUGUAACAACAAAAUGUGGAAUAAGUCAAAGGGUGUGAUGAACACUUCCUGAAGGCACUGUGUAUAUGUAAAUAUGUGUUAAAUGUUUUAUGCUCAGUAAAAGUCCAAGUCCAUUGAUUCAAUGUCUUGCUCUAGACCUCCAGAAUCACAAUGAAACCAUCGAUCCUCCAUAAAAACACAUUUGUUUCUACCUGUGACUUCCAAUCAUGUCUCUCAUAUGGAAUCUGAUUCUCCCUAAGGAGUCUACCAAUAUUCCCAGGUUUAUCUGAGUGUGUAAAUUGCUGUUUUAAAGGUGGCCUUUUGGGAAUGUACACAUACAUGGAUUAGGGACGGAGGGUAGCCUAGUGGUUAGAGCGGUGGACUAGCAACCGUUGCAAGUUCAAACCCCCGAGCUGACAAGGUACAAAUCUGUCGUUCUGCCCCUGAACAGGCAGUUAACCCACUGUUCCUAGGCCGUCAUUGAAAAAAUAAUUUGUUCUUAACUGACUUGCCUAGUUAAAUAAAGGUAAAAUAAAAAGGGACUGUUUGGACUUAACCCUAAAUUCUAAUGUCUCUUAGUCUGAAAAUGUACUUGAUGUAUUUAUGUGAUAAAAAUAUGUAGCUGCUGUGUAUAUAGAUGGAAGGGAAUGCUGCUGUGCUUUGGGGAAAAUGCUUUUGUUACUUCAAACCCAACUUCGGUGUAUUAAGCAGUGACGGGCCAUUAAAUCCUCGUCGUUUUUGGUUUCAAUUCAGCCAACAUCCGUUCAUCCAUUUUAAUUACGAAAUACCUCAAGUUAUCUGGUUUCUAGGUCUAAACAAUUGUCAAAGUAACAAUGAAACCUAGAAGAUCCUACAACCCCUCAUCCUGGUUCACCCCACUUCUGCUGUGUACUCACAUCUGAACACCAGCUGUGUCUACCGUUACCUCAGAUCUGUGAAUCUCUUCUUUACAUGUCCUCACCUUGUAUGUUUUUAAGCACAGAACCUCGUGGUGUAAGCAAGGACCGGCAUAGUCAUUUGCUGAUGUGUAAGCCUUUAAGGGAAACGAUCGAAUGCAUCUGUCGACAAUACUCAAUCGCUUCAACAAUCUAGUAUCUCCAUCUUUGGUUAGCAUGCACGCUUUAGGAAAUAACGUUGAAAUGUCUUCUAAUGUCGAGUUGGAAACGUUCAGAUUGCGAUACAAUGGAGGUUUUAAAGACCAUACUUUUUUUUUUUUGCAUUUAAGAAUAAACUUUUCUUUAGAGGCAAAUAUUAUGAUGAUACACUGUGCAAUUGGUUAUACAGUAUAUAACCAGCUUAACUUAUUGGUAUGCUUUGUACAUUUUAGUGUUUUACUUGUCUAAGUGACACAUUUCGAGCUCCUAUUUUAUGGCCAUUUUACCCAGCUUUAGUUGCAUAUAUGAACGGGGUUUAACGGGAACACUGUAUAUAGCUAGAAGGCUUUUGAGCAGCGUAUGCAUUGACUGGCUCUACAAUUGACUGACACGCUUUUUAUUCUCUAAAUUAUAUGACGACAGACGUUGGGAGGAAUUUUUAUGUGCAGCUGAAGGAAAUAAAUGAAACCCUAUUAUUCUAAUCUUAA